UACGUAUCCUUAAGCAAUUAAGACCCAUUUGCGUUUACUUUUACUUUUGGCCACAGCCAGACAUGAUCAAACUGACCUAAGGAAAGGGCCGUAAGCUCUGAAAAUGAAGAAAGCACUGCAUCCAAGUAACCUCCAAUCAAGUCAAGGAAUACAGGGCCACGAUCUGCCUGGCAAAAACUCCGACAAGAAUCAACAUAAAACUCACUCUGUCCGGAACUACUUCAAAGCUGCGUCCAGGAAACUAGCUGGAGUUUUCACAGGAUCGCUAUUUAGGAGAAGGAAAAAGGCUAUUGCUGAUAUCAACAGAAAGAACAACCAAGUCACAAGAAUUUCCUUUUCAACUUCGACAGAUCGUUCGGCGGGAAGUGAUGUUAGGAGCUCAGGAAUGUUCAAGUCCUUUGAUUCGUAUGGCUCUUCCAAUUCUGUCAGUGGACAUAUUCCAACACCUGAUUUCUCCUUUGAAGAGAUUUGUAAGGCAACUGGGAAUUUCUCUCCAGGAAAUAAAAUUGGGGAAGGUGGGUUUGGAACGGUUUAUAGAGGGAGGCUCAAGGAUGGAUCUCUGGUUGCUGUAAAGCGUGCUAAAAAGGACGAGUAUAACCAGGGCUUCUCACUGCAAUUCAAGAAUGAAAUACUUACAUUAUCAAAGAUUGAACAUCUGAACUUAGUAAGGUUAUUGGGAUUUCUGGAGCAUGGAGACGUGCAGAUUAUAGUGGUUGAAUAUGUUGGAAAUGGAAAUCUUCGAGAACAUCUUGAUGGUGUAAGGGGGAACGGGCUUGAAAUUGCGGAACGGCUGGACAUUGCAAUUGAUGUUGCUCAUGCAAUUACCUAUCUUCACUCAUACACAGAUCCUCCUAUAAUCCAUAGAGACAUAAAAGCAUCGAACAUCCUUAUCACAGAGAAACUUCGGGCCAAAGUGGCAGACUUUGGAUUUGCACGACUUGCUUCAGAGGAUCCCAGUGCAACCCACAUCUCUACUCAAGUCAAAGGAACUGCAGGCUAUGUGGAUCCUGAAUACACCAGAACAUAUCAGCUCACUGAAAAAAGUGAUGUAUACUCCUUUGGUGUAGUGCUCGUGGAGUUGAUGACCGGAAGAUAUCCAGUAGAAUCAAAAAGGCCAGUUAAGGAGAGAGUAAUGAUACGAUGGGCAAUGAAGAGAUUAAAGGAAGGAGAGUUUGUAAUUGCCAUGGACCCAAGGCUAAGGAGAAGUCCAGCAUCAAACAUGGUGGUGGAGCGGGUCCUGAAAUUGGCUCACCAAUGCCUUGCACCAAUGAGACAAUCUAGACCAUCCAUGAAGAAGUGUGCGGAGGUAUUGUGGGGAAUCCGCAAAGAUUUCAAAGAAAAAGCCUCUUCUUCUGCCUCUCACCAUUCCGCAAAUUUUCCUGAUAGAGAUGCAAAGACUAACAGGCAAUUAUUUGGAAUAGAAGAGGAUGAGAGCUAUGGAUUUAUUUCUGCAUAAAGUAGUGAGUGAUUUCUUGAAUUGUUUGUGAAUUAUUUUUCAUUCUUUUCUCUUUGUAACUUCAUCAAGUCCCAAUCUCAAAACAACCAAAAAUGUAAACAGCUUGUGCCACACUUUUCUAUUCAAUAGGAGUAGAACUACUCAUAAAAGCUAGCAAAUCUUUUUAUUUUCUUACACAGACUUUGCCCAUGGCUUUCCCAAUCUAAUGUUUGUUCUAUGCCCCAAAUUCACAAGUAAAACAAUUGUACUUUUGACUCUAUUGCAGAGAUUUUACUUCA